AUGGCAUCUGCUAGGACACUCGCCUCACACCUGCCAAGGAGGGCUUCGCCAGCUGUCCACCGUGCAGGAACAGUGUGUGCAAGCCAAGCGCAUAGGCAUCUGUCCUCGUUGAACCUGCCCAAGCCUCGGAAUGAGCCGAAUCCAAGCUAUGUCAAGGGCUCGCCCGAGAGAGCAAAGCUCGAGGAGGCGCUGCGAAAGAUGAAGGCGCAGAUCCCGCUGAAGAGCGAGGUUACCAUCAACGGCAAGGUGCAGGCGACAUCCCAGUCCCUUGUUCAGCCUAUGCCGACGGAUCACGCCACCAUGUUCGCCAGCUACCCGAUGGCGACCAAGGAGCAGGUCUCUGAGGCCAUCGAGAGCGCGCUCAAGGCCAAGAAGAAGUGGCAACAGACGUCCUUCAAGGACCGUGCUGCCAUCUUCCUCAAGGCGGCCGAUUUAAUCUCGACCAAGUAUCGCUACGAGCUGAUGGCCGCGACGAUGCUGGGCCAGGCCAAGAACAUCUGGCAGGGAGAGAUUGACUCGGCGGCCGAAUUGGCGGACUUCUUCCGGCUCAAUGUCAGCUUUGCUGCUGAGAUCAUGGAGAGGCAGCCUCCCCUAGAGGCGGAGGGGCAAUGGAGCCGAAUUGACUGGCGACCACUCGAGGGCUUCGUCUACGCCGUUUCCCCGUUUAACUUCACCGCCAUCGGCGGCAACCUCGCCGCCGGCCCAGCCGUCCUGGGCAAUGUAGUCAUCUGGAAACCUUCUCCCUCGAGUGUCUACGCCAGCUCCAUCGUCUACAAGGUGCUCCAGGAAGCCGGUCUGCCCGAGGGCGUCAUCCAGUUCGUUCCCGGCGAUGCGGAGAUGGUCACCGACAUCGUCCUGUCCCACCGGCAGUUCGCCGGCCUCAACUUUGUCGGAUCUUCCGAUGUCUUCCGCUCCCUGUACGAGAGGAUAGGCCGCGGCAUCGGGAACCGCACCUACCGGGACUUCCCCCGCAUCGUCGGCGAGACAAGCGGCAAGAACUUCCACUUGGUCCACCCUUCGGCUGACGUCGCAAACGCCGUCAAUCACACAAUCCGAGGCGCGUUCGACUACUCCGGCCAGAAGUGCUCAGCCACAUCUCGCGCUUAUGUGCCCCAAUCGCUGGCAGCUGAGUUCCUCAGCGGCAUGGCCGCCGGCAUCAAGGAGAUCACCGUCGGCAGCCCGACCGAGAAGCUCGAGACGUUCAUGGGUCCGGUGAUUCACCAACGCUCCUUUGACAAGAUCAAGGGGAUCAUCGACGAGGCCAACAAGGAUUCUUCGCUGAAGCUCAUAGCGGGCGGCACCUAUGACAGCUCCAAGGGCUACUACAUCCACCCCACCGUGUACCAGGCCGACUCUCCAGCCCACAAGCUCUUCAACGAGGAGAUCUUUGGCCCGGUAAUGGUAGUAUAUGUCUACCCCGACAGCGAGUGGACUUCCGUCAUGGAGAAGGUUGACCAGAGUGGAGGGGGCUUCGCCUUGACUGGUGCCAUCUUCGCCCAGGACCGGGAGGCCAUCCGUGAGGCGGAGGAUGCUCUGCGCUUCUCUGCCGGCAACUUCUACAUCAACUGCAAGUGCACCGCGGCUGUCGUGGGCCAGCAGCCUUUUGGCGGUGGCCGUGCCAGUGGCACCAACGACAAGGCCGGCAGCUCAAACUCUCUGAUGCGAUUUGCCAGCCCUAGGGUGAUCAAGGAGGAGUUUGUCCCGGUGGACACGUUCAAAUACCCCAGCAACUAUUAG